AUGUACAACAAUAAGGCCAAAUUUGACAUACCUGAAGGUUUAACUGCGAAGAAGAAGGUUAUGUCCACCGUUGGGACCAGAUGGAGGCAAUUUAAGUCCUCCCUGACGACCAGAUAUGUAUAUGCUGAGAAUGACGAUGAACAAAACAAGGAUCCAUCUGCUAAGUAUGGUAUUGAUCAAAAUACAUGGGAAGAAUUUGCAAAGACUCGACAGACCCCUACUUGGAAGGGAAUACGCAAAAAAGCACAAGAAAUUCAAAAAUUCAAUGAAUCUCCCCAUGUACUCUCUCGUGGAGGCUACGAUGUGCUUGAAAAAAAAUUAAUGGCCGAGAAAACCAAGUCAAGACUGAAUGAAGGUGAAAAUAGUCAAAAUGCAGAUAUGGUCGUCAACCCUCCAUCCCCUAUUGCGAGACAUGAGAAGUGGAAAAAGGCUAGGACAAACAAAUUUGGACAAAUGACAUCUGCAGCAGCUCAAGAAAUCGCAGACAAAAUUGAUGAAUUACAAGAACAAGCUACACAGGGAGCUUUUGUCCCACAUGGUCGUCAAGACAUCCUAAACACUGCCAUUGGUCGUCCAGAGCAUCCUGGACGUGUUCGUGCCGGUGGACAUGGUGUGACCAUAACCAGCUACUUUGGACAUGCUUCCUGUGGGUCCCACAGUUCUUCGCCUGCGAUCACCGCCGAAAGAUUGGUUGAAAUCAUACAAACUAUAAAGCAAGAGGUGAAGAAAGAGGUAGAAGACGAGAACAAAGACCGUAUGGACAAGAUGAAAAUGGAGUUGGAUGCGAUCAAGAGUGAAUUAUCCCAAAUUCAUACGCAACAGUCAGCUCCCCCAAGACCGUCUAACCCUGACGUAUUUGUUGCACGUGUUAGCACGAAAGAGAGUUGUGCUGAAGCUGCUAAUAAUGUUGUUGGUAACGAGCGGUCUACAUUUGAUACAUGUAGUAUGGGCUUCUACAUUGUUUGUGGUGACAGUACACAGCUGGUGGCAGGGGGAAAGGUCUUUGGAGUAGGUGGCUUGAUACACACAGUUGCUUAUGGAGAUGAUGUAGUAAGGGUGUGUGUUGACACUGUAUACGAUGGUGAAGCCAUUGUCCCGUUACCCACUUCAGAGAUUCAAUAUGUCAGGGACGCCGUGAACUCAUUCAUUGGAUGGCCCAGACAUCUAGUGAAACCUUUAUCUUAUGAUUCUGACCUUAAUGUGCGGAAGCCAGUUGAACAUAGUAGUGAUGCAAAGCUUGCAGGUGAAUCCGAUCCAUUGGGAGAGUUGAUGAAGAUAUUGUUUUAUGUGUACCAGAAUCCAGUGGAAGUGCCGUGGGAGGCGAACCAAUUUGGACUUCCUGAGAUUGGGGCAAAAUUUUACAUCACACAUGCAGAUCUAGCAGAAAUAAUAUCAGGUGACAAGUGUUUAAACAUAGCGAUACUACAAUUGUGGACCAUAUUUAUGAAUGAGUGCGGUAGAAGCAAAGCUGAUCAGUCACUAUAUGGUUUGCUGGAGCCUCAAUCUAUACAAAAUGCUAAGGAAAGACGUCAACAAUGCCAACAAUACAUUGAAACAUGGGUCAAGGAAUCACAAAGGCAGUUGUAUUUAGGAGCUUACUUGAAUCAGGCACAUUGGCAACUAUUUGUUCUCCACCCAAGGGAAAACACGGUCGUUUGGUUUUGUUCUCUGAGGAAGAAGCCUGAUAUUAACAUCAAAGGCGCAAUUAACAGUGCAAUGAAGACAAUAACCAGUUCUUUUGAAGGCAUGUCUAAUCAAGGUGCACCUCGGUGGGUUGAACCCAAGACUAAUGUGCAAAGUGGAGGGUUUGAGUGCGGAUAUUAUGUCAUGCACUGGAUGUGGUGCAUCGUGACUGCCGGUUUGAAAGAUGACUGGCACAAGUGGUUCUCUGAUGGUUCAUCGUUAGACGUGGAGGCCAUCACAUCAGUUCGACAAAAAUGGGCAACAUACUUUUUAUCUUUUAGGAAAAGCAGUUGCUAAAUUUGAUUUGUAUUAUGUACAAGUACAUUUUUCCUGUGGUUUCAUCAAAGAAUUAGAACAAUUAUGGCUACAACUUUGUAUGUUGGAUACAUUAGAGGAUCAUUAAUUCAAAAAAGGGUAUUCAAUUUGCAUGAUUAC